UUCCUAAGCACACAGAUACGGAGGCAGGCACUGUAGUAUAGACCCAAGGCGGACGACCUCCAAGUGACCGCGCUCUUGCUACCCUAAGCAAUAUAUUGACUCCUGUUGUUUCCUCGCCAUUUCAUAGUGACCAUAUGAACCUAAUAGAACAGCGAACCCUUGUGCGAAGUCCAUGUUUUUCUUUAAACUUUUUUUUCUAAGAGUCGCGGGUGUGCCAGCGAGAUGAUGCAAGGCUCAUUGCUCUUACUUUUUCUAGCCAGUCUGGGAUCCACAAGUUCCAGACGCUACACUCCGGACUGGAAGUCCCUGGACAGGCGUCCUUCGCCAAGCUGGUUCGAUGAAGCCAAGGUCGGCAUCUUCCUCCACUGGGGAGUGUUCUCGGUGCCCAGCUUUAAAAGCGAAUGGUUCUGGUCCGAAUGGAGCAAUAAAGAUCCGAAGGUCGUGGAGUUCAUGAGACAGAACUACAAGCCCAACUUUACCUACCCGGAGUUUGCGCCCGAGUUCACGGCGCAGUUCUUCGACCCGGACCGUUGGGCGGACCUCUUCUACAAGUCCGGUGCUCGUUACGUGGUGCUGACCAGCAAGCAUCAUGAUGGUUACACGCUCUGGCCUUCAAGCGUGUCCUGGAACUGGAACGCCGGAGACGUUGGACCCAAGAGGGACCUGGUUGGAGACCUCGCCACGGCCAUCAGGAAGAAAGGAGGCGGUGUGCACUUCGGGCUGUACCACUCGCUCUACGAGUGGUUCAAUCCGUUGUACCUGGCAGACAAGGCUGCCCGCUGGACGACGAACGACUUUGUCGUCCGAAAGACCAUGCCCGAGUUGAGGGAAAUUGUCGAAAGGUACAAACCCGAUGUGAUCUGGUCCGACGGCGACUGGGAGGCCAACGACACUUACUGGAACAGUACCGAGUUCCUCGCCUGGUUGUACAACGACAGUCCCGUCAAGUCAAGCGUCGUGGUCAACGAUCGCUGGGGAAUCGGCAUUCCCUGCCAUCACGGUGACUUCUACAACUGCAAGGACCGCUACAACCCGGGAAUCCUGCUGAAGCACAAGUGGGAAAACGCCAUGACCAUCGACAAGCACUCGUGGGGAUACCGGAGGAACGCCAAUCUGAGCGACUACCUCAGCAUCGAGCAACUCAUCGAGAAACUGGCUUCAACCGUGAGCUGCAACGGCAACAUUCUCAUCAACGUCGGGCCGACCAAAGACGGCGUCAUCGAACCCGUCUUCGAAGAGAGACUGCUUCAGCUAGGCAGAUGGCUGGGUGUGAACGGAGAGGCCGUCUACGGCUCGAAGCCCUGGAAGCACCAGAACGACACACUCACCCCGGGCAUCUGGUACACGACCAACAAGGACAUGGACGUGGUCUACGUGUUCGUCCUCAAGUGGCCCAGGCUCAAUAAGUUGACGCUGGAGUCUCUAGUUCUUUCCCGGAAAGCGAGGAUUACCAUGUUGGGUCUUAACGAUGGCCUGUUUCAGUGGGAUCAUGCUGGAGGGAGCGACGAUUCCUCCCGGAGAACAGUGACGAUCCUGUUCCCACCCCUUACGCCAGACCUUCUGCCGACUCCAUGGGCUUGGGUGCUUAAAGUCGAAGGGGCGCUCUAGAGAGGGCAUCAUCUGGAAAAUGCGUUUGAUGCAGAAAAUGUCCGACGUCUUGUUAACUGCUUUCAUUGCCUCAAAUCUGAGUUUGUUUCAAUGUCAUGUUGUAUAAGGCAAGCUUCCUUUUGUUUACAUAGCUCACACUUGAUGUCACCGCAUUGUGCUGGCAGUCAUUCUAGCUUGCUCUUGCCGAGGUAACCAAAUUAGAUAGUGUCAAAUGUGGGAUAAAAACGUGCUCAGCAACAAGGCCACCUCAAUGGCCUCUUGUGUGACGUCAGUGCCGGACACAUGUCAACGUUACUAGAUUUACUUCAGUUAUAGAACUCGGCCGGAGAAAGACCCCCCCCCCCCCCCCCCCCCCCCCCCGCCCCCCCGCCCUUUCACUCUGCUCAGCCCGCCUCCUGUUAUAGCCUUCAAACGUUUGAAGCGCCAUCUAGAUUUUCGUUUCAAAACUGUGUUCGAUUGAGUAUGAUGAAACGACAUAUAGACGGGGGCUGUGCUUCGAAACAUAAAUGAGUAAACGAAUACAUUGCAGAUGCCAUAGCAGUUGGCUGUGGCGCGUCGAACGAUGGGAGGCAAGCGAUGGAGGGCACUGUUCGUGGAAGCAGUCUACGGGCAGUUCCGUAGCUGUGCUAAUCCAGUAAAGUUGGAACGUAUAGUGGCUGCCAUAGUUGUGUGUGUCGCUGUCGAUCGCGUGCUAAAAGCGAGCUUUCACCAGACUCAUUUCAUGUCGUCGAAGCAAUAGACCCUUUUCAAAAGUCCAUCAAGCAAAACUGAACGCCGCCAUUGCUUAGACACGAAGCGUGUGAUUGGAUCCGAGUGCUUGUCCGCAAUACAUGCACAGAGUGCGUGCCCAAAAAUGGCGGACUCGGGUAGUUGUCGCGGCAGCUGCUAGAUGGCGCGCACUUAAAGUGUCAAUUAUGCUCGGCAGACUCUAUGUGGCUUUACUGACAGAUCGUGCUGAUGACAUGGGAAUACUUUUUAUUGGUAAGUGUAUCUAUAUAGAUGUUUGCAUACAGCCCCGCUUCAAAAGCUAGUCUGACCAUUGUGCGUGGAAAAUGCUCUGUUGAUGCAUUAGUCUUGCAGUAGUGGGCACUCCUUAGCCAGGCCUGACUAUCAGACGAUCUGCAUGCGCCUGCAGCAGAAGAGCGGCACCCAGAGGCCGUUCUGGCAAACGCGUACACGGUGAUUCACAAAACGCAGGUCCAACUGUUCCCGUGGAAGCUAUAAUUUUUGGUGCAACGUUUUGUGAAACACGCUUUUACACCUGAUGCACAUUUUAGGGGGUGCAAGGUUUUUUUCGUGAGUGCUAUACGUACUUUUUUAUUGCAAUCAAAUGUGUGCCAGCUCACUAUAACGAAAUUCAUUGAUAAUCUAUUCCAAACCUUGUUUGUUUUCUUUUAAACAAGAAAUGGUCAAAAAAACUACUCGAAAAGUGUGUAUUAAUACAAAUUGUAUGUUUUAGAAAUAAAAAGGCUCAGUUGCGCAAAUAUUCAGGAUGUUUAUGUUUAAUUAGAAAAUUUAAAAAGA